AUGAGUGCCAAAAAGAUCGAACAAUGGGAAAUUGAGAGAUAUUGGGAGAUAUUCUCCUCCCUUUCAAAUGGCCAAGACCGUCUCAACAGCUCCCAGGCCGCCUCGGUGUUGCGCAACAGUCGCCUGCGUGAUGACCAGCUCGAGAAGGUCUGGGACAUUGCGGACGUCGAUGGGGAUGGAGAGUUAGACUUUGAGGAAUUUUGCGUCGCAAUGCGCCUGGUGUUUGACCUAGUCAACGGCGAAUUACAAGAAGUUCCACCUGUGCUGCCCGACUGGCUCGUUCCAGAAUCCAAGUCACAUCUCGUCCAAGCCACGCGAGCAUUGAAUCGCCCAGAACAGUUCGAGCGGAUAGAAGAUGAGGAUGAAUCCCUUGGUCUAAAGGAUGGGUUCGAUUGGUACAUGAAGCCCGCGGACAGGUCGAAAUACGAAGAGAUCUAUAAUGCCAGUCGGACUCAACGAGGUGACAUAACAUUCGAAUCUCUUCAACCGCUUUACGAAUCGCUCGAUGUCCCGGAUACCGAUAUCCGCUCUGCUUGGAAUCUUGUGAACCCCUCCGCCUCCCAAGCUAUUAACAAAGAUGCAACACUUGCUCUUCUCCACAUCCUAAACUUCCGCCAUGAGGGCUUCCGCAUUCCCCGCACUAUCCCCGCUUCGCUCCGUGCCUCAUUUGAGAGCAACCAGAUCGAUUACCAAAUUGACAAUGCCCCUGCCCAGCGCUGGGGUGCAGAUGGAAACCAGGAGACAAGGACUGGCCGCAAGGCCAAGUUCGGUGACACCUAUCUCAGCCGGCUGGGAGUUGGUGGCAAAGGAUCGUACCAACCGAAGGGUACCAACUUCAGCGACACGAUCCAGGACGAGGAGUGGGAGAAAGUGCGGCUGCGUCGCGAACUGGCGGAGAUGGAGGCGAAGCUUCAAUCAGCCAACCAAGCUUCGGAAAAUCGACGAGAUCGUCCUCGUAACGAUGGCCGGCCAAAUUGGGUACUUGUCAAGAAAGAAGCCCUUCAGCUUUUGGAGUAUAAGGAGCGCGAGUUGCGGGAACUUCGAGAAGGUGUGGGCCGGUCAAAGGAAGGCCAGGAUUUGGAACGCUCCAGGGAGGACGUUAAGACCGUCGGUGACCAAGUCGAGGGCCUGAAAAGUCAUCUCGCCCAGCGCAAGGGCGUUCUUGCGGACCUCCGUCAGCAGGUCGAAGAAGAGAGGAGCCGGCGAUAG